AUGUACUUCGAAUAACCAUCACAUGACAGUAGGAGCGUAGUAGGUUUUUCUCUGUGCAGUUGUUCGUCAUAUGAUUAAAAGGCUGGCAGAAAAAUGAAAAUGUUGCAAAACGUCGUCAUUUUCUCGCUAUUUAUUGCAGCAAUUCACGCCACUGGCGAGUUCACCGUACUGAACACCCCCAAGGCGAUUAGCUUCAAGGGCAACGAUCCAUUGAACAGCCGUUAUGUUGGCGAUGUUCUCUAUGCUGCCAUGGGCAACGCCGUCAUUGGCGACUCUGACUGGAGUGGCAUGAUCAUCAAUGAACCAUUCCAUUUGGCCCAGGGCAUCAUUGCCGUGCACGUGGAGGGUGUUAACCAUGUCACCAGCGCUGGCAAUGUGAAAUCCUACGAACUGGUUGGCCCCUAUACUGGCCAUGCCCUCAACGCACUAGCUGCAGAGCUGGAGGCAGCCAAUGAGCCGGUUUGCGACAUCAAUUUCGAUCAGUAUGAUGAGGGCGUGCAAUCGUUCAAGUCUUGCUUUGGUGACUUUGAGGCACCGCCGGCCAAGCCCACCAAACAUCUGAAUCCCGCGUUGCACAAUGCCGAUAAGCAGUUCCUGCAGGAAAUUGGCUACAUUAAUGCCGCCGCCGAGAACCUCGCUGAGAUGAUGAAGCCCUCGAAUGUGCUGAUCAUUCGUCUGUCUGUCGAUGGCAUUGCCAAGGCGCAUGGCGAGAAAUCGAUUGCUGUCGAUGAGGCCAACAAGCUCGUCUCUGCUGCCAUUGCUCGCCUGUUGGCUGCCGCUCAGAAGUCCAGCGAUUCGGUGCUGUUUGUGCAGACCACAGAAAAGGAUGUGGCAAAUGCACGCAGCAAGCGUGAUACUAUCCCCAUCGACCCUGCAAACAAAUUUAAUCUGGCCUUGUACUACGAUGAUAAUUAUCCUGUCAUUUUCAACAUUAUCUUGUGGUUUAUGGUCAUCUUCGCCCUGUCGCUGUUGGCCAUUUGCUACGCCAUUGGUUCCAUGGAUCCCGGCAGGGACUCCAUCAUUUACCGCAUGACCUCGACUAGAAUGAAGAAGGACAACUAAGCGCUUAGGCUAUAGAAUCCUUUCUCCUUUUGUUAUUUCGCCCCAUUUAUGUUGCGAAGAGUCAACUCAAAACAAGAAAGAAAACCAAUCUUGUAUUGUUCUAAUUCAAUUCAAUUAGCGGAAAAAUUGUGUGUAUGCGUGUGUGAGAACAGUGUAUAGUUGGCCUUAUGAACACCAACCCAUAAGCUACAUAUAUAUAAAUAAGUAUUAAAAACUUAUUAUUUUUAAAUGCAGUUCAGUAAUUCCAUUAUCGACUAUAAUAAUUUGUUACAUCUUCUGUUUGUUGUUCUUUUUAGGUUAACAUAGUAUCAAAACAAAAAAAAACGAAAACAGUCAUUUCUUUAUUCAAACUAUGUAAAUUAUCAACUGUAAAAUGUUAACAAAUAAAUAUAACCUAAAAAGUCACGAGAA